GGAAAGCCAGUCGGGAGCAUUACCCCUGUGGGCACUACACGAUGAGGACAGUGAGCUGCAGGAACAUGGACAAUUUAAAGAUGAAAAACUACUUCGGUGGGAAUAUUCUCGCGGCGUAUCGUCAGCAAGAAUGCGAGUUUGGGCGACUUGGCUUUCCCGCAUCUGCGAAAUAACCGACGAGUGGCAGAAAUGUCUUCGAAGUAACGCUGAUCUGAUGACAUCGAUGUUCGAACAGAUACGAAAGAGGAAGAAAAUCGUUUCGGAAGAAGAGCCAAAAGAAGACUUGCACGUCUUGCCGAUGACGAAAGACGAGAUCAAGCUGUGGGACGAUUUUCCGUAUCAGGCUGCCUUGUACAGAACUCAUUACAAGCAUUGGAAGCNGAUCGGUCAACGAUCCUCGGCGAGAGUAGUCAACCGAAUCGUGAUAGACACGGAGUACGGAGCUGCGAGAAACGACGACGCAAUACAUAUGAUGGAUAUUUCGAGGCAGAUUGCUCAAUAUUUAAUGAGACAAGCUGAAAGCGNCGUCGCUCACCCGACAGAAGAGACGACAGAAGAAGCGUCUGAAGCUGUAACGGAGACGUCGAUCGGGAUUGAUCCCACGACGGAUGCACCUGAGCAAGAUUUCGCCGAUAUGCCGUUGAGUAAAGCGUUAUCGGACGAUCAAUCUGAGGAGGUUGUCGAGAUUUCCGUAGCGGAAGAGACAAGCGAAACGGAGGCUAAAUCUGCGAAGGAGGAAAAAUCAAACGCGCGGGAGAAAGAACCAAUGAGCGAAACGGCGAUGGGAGAAACGCCGGCGAGCGAAACGGCAACGGGAGAAGAAAUCCCGACGAGCGAAACAAUGACGGGGGAAACGUCGGCGAACGAAACGGCAACGAAAGAAGAAAUCNGGACGAGCGAAACGGCAACGGAAGAAGAAACACCGACGAGNAAAACCGCCGCGGCGAUCGAAGUUGCGAAAGCAAUAGAACCGUCAGUUUCUAUANCGUCGUCCGAAAUCGUCGUUGCAAUAUCANCUCUGACUGGAAUUGAAAAACGUAAAGCAGUUGAAAAGUUGAUAAAGGAUACUGGAGACUACACCGAAAAGGCUUAUUAUAGAGACGAGAAUUUUUUCCUCUAUUUGAGACCAACAAAAGCCGACCAACAAUUAGUAGAACAGCACACCGACGUGAUAAAGAAACGCGGCUUGGAAAGAAUUUAUGAUGUUAGCCGAGGUACAUGGCUGUACUACAAUCUGUCUGAUCAAGAUUUUUAA